AUGACCAACAUGAAAUCCAUUCGUUUUUCCUCCGAAACUAAUCAAACACAAACACCCACCAAUUCUUUUUCCAUGCAAAUAUUAGAUUCCUCUGUCCGAAUUCUAAUAAAAUCAUGGAAGAGAAGGCAAAGGUGGUUACUUUUUUUUGCCACCUUCAACCAAGAAGAUUUGAGUGGAGCACCAUGGCGUGCCCAUUUGGUCAAUUUCCUUGAAUCAACAUGGGUGCAUGUGUUUUCAAUCUCAUUGCUUAUUGUUGACCUCAUCAUCACAAUCCUUGAGCUAUCUUCAUCUUUAGUUACAUGCGAACAAGACAUGAACCAAAAGGUGGAACUAAGUUUCCAUUGGAUUGGAAUUGGUAUAACAAGUCUUCUUUUAGCAAAGACAAUGGCUUUACUUGUGGGGUUAGGCUCUUCAUUUUUCAAGCAUUUGGGACAUGUUAUUGAUGGAGUUGUGGCCAUAGGGGCUAUAGUUUUGGAAGCCUUUGUGAUGAGAAAAGGGGGUGGUUUGUUGGUUGUAGUGAGUUUGUGGCGUGUCAUUAGAGUGGUAGAAAGUGUCUUUGAGCUAAGUGAUGAGGCCAUUGAAGCUCAAAUUGCAGGGAUAGUUAACCAAUUUGAGGCACUCAAAGAAGAGAAUAUGAGGCUCUUGGAAAGAAUACAUGAGAAGGACAAUACAAUUGAAAAGCUUAAAGAGGAUUUAGAUAAAUGUAGGGAUGGAAGCACUUUCAUAAGUUCAAUGAAGUUUUGA